CUCUGCUAACCUGCAAAGAAGAAGCUAGCCGCUAGUGGCUAGCAACUUAAUUUUUUGCCGUAUUUGUUAGCCACCCUAGUACCGCUUCAAUUUUUUUUACCCAUUAAGUGUAAUUUUUGUUGUUACAUUAUUUAUAAAUAUACAGUUGGCAAUCCCUAUCCGUGUGUUCCUACUGGAAUAAGAUGGUCGUUUUGACAAAUAGCAAUGAAGAACAGGAUUAUAUCCUGAUCGAGGAGCGCAAGUGUUCUUCACUGCCCUGCUCUCCAGCCAAGCGAGUGUCACCUGCCAAAAAGAAGCAUUUCUGCAACCAAGCCAUCCGCAACUCAGACCUCACUCCCCGUGCCAAAGGCAAAAAAAGCCUCCGUCGACAGGAGAACACUCUCUAUCUUGCCAACCUUCUUGAAAAGGAUGAGUGCUCCAAAGAUGACCUGGAGGUUGGCAGUAAUCCUGCCAUCCCGUCCAUCUUCACUGAAGCCUGCACCAAUGAAAACUACAUAGAGCCAUGGAAUGACUUCAUGAAUUGCUCCGGUGAGGAGCAAGAGAGGCUGCUGUCUCUAGUGGAGCAGGAAGAGGCAAAGAGGAAACACCACAGCCAACUUCUAAAAGACCCGAGGAAUGUAAAUCCUGCCUUCAAAGCUCAGGACUGCUUCCAAAGAAUCGAUCGUAGACUUCGAGCAACCCUGAGGCGGAAGCAGAUUCCUAUGGGAACACUUGAAGUCCUUGAGGGAAACCUUCUGAACUUUUUCCAGGCGGAGCCUCGCUCAGUUUACACAACCAACCUCAGCAGCAGUUUUGAAAGACUGCUGCUUCAUGCCAUCUGCCAGUAUAUGGACCUCCUUUCUGCAAGCUCCGACCACAAGGGGGCGCGUCAGACGGAGGUGGUGAACAAACAGGAGGAGUUUCUGCCUCCUAGUCCUCUGCUGUCUGCGUACCUGGAGCAGCUGUGUUGAGAUUUGGAUCCCGGUUACUCCUCCAGAUUUCUCUGCAGGAAGCAGCUCGGCAAACACUGCAUAGUCUCAAUGCUAGUUUUAAAAUAAUUUAACACCCAUAGGCACGAUAAGCAAGAUGAUUAUUGGCUUGUUAGUAUGUAAUGGUUACUGUAGUAGUGCAAGCUGAUGGUUUAGUUAGCUGUCAUUAGUAGUAAAGUGAAAUUCAACUGGUGAAAGUCUAAAAGCAGCACAGAUUUUCAUUCAUACAAAAGUUAUACAAAGUUCGUUUGACAACAGAUGAAGUCAACGGAUGACAUGAGUUCUGUUUAAUACAUUAACAUCAUGACCACGGAUGUGUUUCCAAAACUUGGAGAAUCUAACACAAUACAGCAUCAAGUACAAAUUGUUGUCAGAGCCUUUAACAAGUUCCUAAAAAGCAACAAUUGAAAUGGUUGUUUAGCUUCACAAAUAACUGUUGGCGCAAGCUCCACCUCCUUCCUCCUCCAGCAUGGCGUUUACUACUUCAGCUGUCAAACAUCACUGCCUGAAAGCCUCGGCAGCCUGUUGCUAAGCUGUGACGCAUGAAUGUCAGCGCUCUUCCUGUGGGCUCACUUGUUACUCGUAGAAUUGUCAAUGGUUGCUCGAGAUUUAAAGUUACUCUUCUCACUAUUUCUGUGAUCUGGAAAACCGAUUUGUUUGACAACAUAUGACCGCACGUAUUUCAUGAAAGCUCGACGAAACACAAGUUUACACUUGCUUAAUGUAUGGACGGGUACAACAACAUCGUCACAGUUUAGCCACUGCCAGGCGGUGAAAGAUGUGUCUGAACUGCCUCUGAACACACGGCUGCGCAGGCGCUGAGCAGAUCCAGCUGCUGCAGAGCAGGAGAACAGGAAUUUUUCCACACACAGCUGCAACUCCUCUUCAUGAAAUUGCAUGGUGGUUGAAUAAUAUACUGUACAGUGUGUACAGUAGAGAUGUUAUACAAAAGGAGCCACAUUUCUGUUCUCAAUAUCUCAAAGUGAUGUUUGCAACUGCAGAAAAAAAGCACUUCUGCCUUAUGAACACAAACUUCUGUUUUGUGAUUGUUUAGAGUUCUCUCUACUUGAUCCAGUUGGGAGACAUGUAUUCAGGAUUUUUUGUUCUUUUUCAUUAAAAAAAAACAGUUUACUAACAGUUUAUUGAAACUGGAGCUGUUGGUGCAUUUCACCAUCAACCAAAGUUUUGUGUGUUUGUUGUGUGGAUGUCCGACUUCUCAGGCUUUAAACUCUUCACUCUGAAUGUCAUGUAUGGAUUUCCUGUGGUGUCAUUUUUCUGUGUGUGUACUCUGUGCUCUCUUCAGACGACCUUGUCAGGAUUGUGAUCACUUGUGCUCUGCAGAGCAUUGCCAACAAUUUAAGUGCAAGCAGUCAGGCUGUAAAUAUGUCAUCCAUGUUGUUUGUUUGUGUGCCAAAUUUUGCUUUGAAAAAGUGCUUGAUUGUCUAAAAGCUUUAUACUCUUUACUGAAGCAUCUUUGUGUAUUUAUAAUUGCAUAUUUAUAGUCACCACAACCAUUAAAGAAAUUAAAAUAUU